UAACGUUAAUUACAUACAAUAAUGAUACUACGAUAUAGCGAUAUGGAAAAGACACUUAAAUUGAAUUUAAGAUAGUGCGAUAUAAUCUGAAAGAAAGUUAAUGGUAAUAAUGAUUAGUGAUGAGUACAAAAAGUGAAUUGUGAUCGACUGAAAUAGUAAUUAAAAAUAAAUCAAAAUAUGUCACUAACAGUAAAGAUUAAUCAAUUUCAUCUACCGAAGCCAAAAUCAAAUCUCAUAGGACGUGUGGAAUUUCGAGGAGUGGGUCAUACAACAAAUGAACUAAGCAACACCUCUGAAAUCGUUAAUGUCAAUCAGGCUUUUGUGUGGCCAUUGGCUCGGUCUUCUUCGCCUGAGGAGACAAUUGUGGUGGAACUACGAACGCAGACAACGAAAAUCCUUCUCAAGACUGGCCUUUCAUCCUCUUCUGGAACCUCAUCUAAUACACGUGGAGCCAUAGGGAGUAGCAGUAAGAUCAUUGGACGCUAUGUGAUGCUCAUGCAAGGUGUGAUUACAGAAGGCAAGUUGCGUAUAGAGGACCACCUUGUUGACCCGAACAACAAGGCUAUACAAGCCAUCGUGAACUUUGAAGUAUCAUAUAUCUCACCAGACGAUGAAGCUGGAAAUUUUGAACCUGCAAAUCUCCUGAGUGUGAUGCAGCAAAAUUCAUCUAGUCUCGAUGAUGAUCAGCAAAUGUUGCUCGAUAUCGAACAAAAUAUUGCCAAUUUGGAGAAAAGCUUAAGUAAAGGACACGAUGCAGGCCACACUUCGAAGAAGCGGCACUUGCUGCGGCGGGUCAUGUCCCAAGGGAGAUCAGAGAAAGACUUCUCGGGUGAGAAGGGUGCAAAGCAGCCUCAGGCACAGGACAAACAGCGUGUAACCUUAAAGACGGUGCGGAAUUUUAUGAAGUUAGGCAAACAGAGGCGUACAUCGAGAGAUAGCAGCACGGAAGAUGAGGGAAGGUCUCUUAUAAGUGAUACUGAGGGUGGCCUUACAUCUGCGAACGAGCAGAGUGGGCACCAUCAUGAUGCUCAAGACAGUGAAUCGCAGCAUGAGAGCAUAAAGUCUGAGGAAUCUAGUGAAGAUGAGGAUGAAGAUGAGCUGCAAAGUGAGAUAAAAAGUAAACGUUUCAAGUCAUUAGGCAAAUCCAAUGAUCAUCUCAAAGCGCAGGAUUUUCAAGUGUGCGUCACAAUCAUCGAAGCCAGACAGCUUCCGGGAUUAAAUAUGGAUCCAGUGGUGUGCAUACAGAUUGGAGAUCUCAAAAAGUACACUAGUGUGAAGGAGAGCACAAAUUGCCCAUAUUACAAUGAGUACUUCGUGUUUGACUUUCACAUGGCACCAAUUAUGCUGUUUGAUAAAAUUAUUACCCUAUCUGUGUUACAAAGCCGAAGUGUCCUUCGUCCAAAUAAAUUGAUCGGUUCAUUUAAAUUGGAUAUAGCUACUGUAUGGAAUCAGAAAGAUCACCAAUUUUAUCACAAAUGGGCAUUACUAACAGACCCAGAAGAUUUUAUCAGUGGACCUAAAGGUUAUCUUAAAUGUGAUAUUGGAAUUAUUGGGAAAGGAGACACUGUCAAAGUGCCACAAAAAUCUGAAAAAGAUCCAGAUGAUAUCGAAGCAAAUUUACUACUUCCUGACGGUGUUCCAAUUGAACGUCAACGGGCCAAAUUUAUAGUGAAAAUCUAUCGAGCUGAUGGUCUGCCACGGAUGAAUUCAUCAAUAAUGGCAAAUGUAAAACGUGCAUUUACGGGUGAGAGUAAGGAUUUGGUUAAUCCGUAUGUUCAGGUGUCAUUCGCCGGAUUGAGCGGGAAAACAUCUGUAAAGAAAAACUCCUACACACCUAUUUGGAAUGAGCAGCUUGUUUUCACCGAAAUGUUUCCACCCCUCUGUCAGAGAAUUAAGCUUCAACUUAGGGAUGCUGACCCCGUCAAACCCUCAAUAAUUGGCACACAUUACAUUGACUUAAAGCAAAUCUCAAACGAUGGAGAAAAGGGAUUUCUACCCACCUUUGGACCAUCCUUCAUUCAUCUGUAUGGGUCUACCAGAGAUUAUACUCUUCUGGACCAACACUCGACACUGAACACUGGCUUGGGAGAAGGUGUUAGUUAUAGGGCUCGCCUCUUAAUCGCCAUCAGAACCGAGAUAACAGAUAAUGUGGAGAUUACUCCUGAGAAAAACGUUGAACUUGAACAAACUUUUCCAAUUUCUGAGACAUCAUAUUCAAAAUGUGAGGAGUUCUUCUUGUUCUCCACUAUAAUGGAAGCAUCAAUGUUGGAUAAAAAGCUCAGUGAUAAGCAAGUUUUCUUUGAAUUAAGCAUAGGCAACUCGGGUAAUUCUCUAGAUGGCCAUAAUGAAAGUACAUCUACAAUCAACAAUGAUGAAGAGGAAAUAGAAGUAGUGGACUCGACGUCUUUUAGUAGCAACACAAACACCUGUAAACCUACAUCACACGAUAAAACCCAUUACUUCCUGCCCUAUUGGGAUUAUAAGCCAUGCAUGGAUGUGCGAAGUGUUUUUCCUGACCUACGACGGAGAAUGUACAACAGCAAUAUGAUAGGAAAGAUGUCGGAAAAACUGGAUGAAGCUCUCACUGAAACAGGAACGCUGAUUGAGGAAGAAGAUCCCACUUCAGAGGCUCCACAGGUGAAACUGAGGGCGUGUCUCGAAGAAUUAGCAAUGAGUUGCUCAAAGUAUGUCACUGUGACGAAGAAUACACUGAGUGGUCCUGGUACAGGAAAGACGAAAUUGGACAAGGAGCGUGUAAAGCUAUGUCUGCGGGAAAUUGAGUCACUGGGGAAUAUGGCACGAAAUCUACGAGCUUUAGUGACUAAAAGCUCAAUGAGGGAUAGAUAUAAAACAGCACAAAAUUACUUGCAGAAACUCAAAUUUCUUAUUGAAGAUCCUCAGCAUUCCUUACCUGAUAUUUUUAUCUGGAUGAUUGCUAAUGGGAAGAGGAUAGCCUAUCAUCGAAUAGAUGCCAGAGAUGCUCUUUUCUCUGAAAUUGACGAAGAAUGUGGUGUCUCUUGUGGCAAAGUUCAAACGGUCUUCCUCAAACUUCCAGGAAAACAAGCCACUGGUCCAGCAGGAUGGGCUGUUCAAGCUAAACUGUCAGUCUAUAUAUGGCUGGGUUUAGUGAAGGACAAGCAAUUCUUUUUCGAUGGCCUUCCUGGUGGGUAUGAAUUGUCCCAGGAAUUGAGAAACGCAGAACGUCCACGUGCUUUGGCGCCUACAACGAUACACUAUGUUGAGAAAUAUGUGUUCCAACUCAGAGCUCAUAUUUACCAAGCGAGAUCUCUGAUAGGGUCUGAUGCAUCCGGAUUGAGUGAUCCGUAUGCAACAGUUUUUAUCACAGAAUUCUCCAAGACCACACAGGUGAUUGAGGAGACACUCAGUCCUACAUGGGAUGAGUUGCUCGUGUUCGAUGAGAUCCUUGUAUAUGGUGCCAAAGAUGAAAUCCGUAGAGAUCCCCCAGCAAUAGUCAUUGAAAUUUACGAUCAGGAUAAAGUUGGAAAAUCUGAGUUUAUUGGACGUGCCAUAGCAAAGCCACGAAUUAAAUUAAGAGAGCAUAAUUAUGUUACUCCGUCCCUUGAGUGGUUCGAAAUAACAAGAGGAUUGGACAAUGCAGGAGAACUAUUAGCAGCUUUUGAACUUCUUGAACAUGGUUCUACAGAUGUUCCACGAUUAACAGAACCAAAACUCCUUGGUAAUAAUACAAAAGUGGACAAAGCUUUACCCAAUCUAUGUUCAAUUUUGCCUGUACCUCGCGAUGUUAGACCCAAUCUAGCACGCUUUCGUAUAGAGGUUCUGUUUUGGGGUCUCAGGGAUCUCAAGAGAAUUCAUUUUAUGUCAGUGGAUAAACCAAGAAUUGAUGUAGAAUGUUCGGGUAAAAUUCUUAGUUCAAGUAUUAUUCAAAAUGCAAAAAAGAAUCCAAAUUUUGUUAAUAUGCUCAAGUUCUUCGAUUUGGAAUUACCAGUUGAAGAAACCUAUGCACCACCAAUAACAAUUCGUUGUGUCGAUUGUAGAUCAUUUGGUCGUUAUACCCUUGUUGGAACUCAUCAAAUAUCUUCUGUCCACAAAUAUAUGCAUCGUCCACCACUAAAAGAGGACUACAAAAAAUAUUCCCUUGGUGGGCAAAUAGUUCUGUCUAAACCAGUACCAGUUGCUGAAAAUUCAGUCAAUCCCUCCGAACUGAUAAAAGGUUCCCCUAAUGAUAAUCUCACCAUUUACGGUGCAGCAUGUGUUGCAAAAGCAAUGAAGAAACAGCAAAUGAAGAAGAAGCAAAUCCAAUCAGAAGAGAGUAUUGAUAUGGAAGACGAUAAUGAAAACAGUAAGGAUUGGUGGACUAAAUAUUUUUGGUCAUAUGAAAAAUUAAUUGAAGACACUAAAGGGAUAUCAGGGCAUAGAUUUCCCGUUGAUCCACAACAGCAAAAGGAGGAUGAAAAAAGGCGUCUAGCUAUCAAAGGAUCUAAACUCGUAGCCAAAUUAAGCCCGAAACAUCAGAAUAAGUUGCAAAAUGAACCAAAUCCUAAUAAUUCAACCGCAUUAUUUCACAUCUAUCCUAAUGAGCUUGAGACUCAAAUUGAGUUCAACUAUUUCAAAGAAUGGCUUCACUCUUUCUCGCUAUAUCGAGGUAAAAAAACAGGAGAUAGUGCCGAGGAUGAGAACCGAGUUGUUGGUUUCUUCAAGGGUGCCAUCAAGGUGUACAAGUUACCGAUGGAAAAAGGUAUCGAACCGGCAUUUGCACCCACUUUACCAACAAACGAUCCCAUCCACGUUUUAGUGCGAGUUUAUGUGAUCAAAGCAACAGAUCUUCAUCCAAUGGAUCUCAAUGGUAAGGCAGAUCCAUAUGUAGUGCUUCAAUUAGGCAGCAAGAGGAUCAGUGAUAAAGAUAACUACGUCAGCAAACAGCUCAAUCCUGUAUUUGGCAAGUGCUUCGAAGUGGAAGCAACUUUUCCUCAAGAUUCUAUGCUUACAUUGCAGGUUUUGGACUGGGACCUUGUGGGAUCUGAUGAUCUCAUAGGGGAAACAAAAAUUGACUUGGAAAAUCGUUUUUAUAGCAAGCAUAGGGCAAUGUGUGGAAUCGCAUUUAAAUAUGAAGAUUCCGGAUACAAUUGCUGGCGAGAUCCAAUGAAGCCCACACAAAUUCUUCAGAAACUCUGCAAGGAAAAUAAACUUGAGCAGCCUCAUUACUUUCAGGACCGUGUCAUUAUUGGUAGAUACUGUAUGACUUUUACAGAAGCAGAAGUUUUAGCUUGGAAUGGACCAAAUACUUGUCGGAAUCGAGAUGAACAUCUUGCUCUAGCUGUUCUACAUAGGUGGGAGGAAAUUCCUCGUGUGGGAUGUAAGAUUGUUCCAGAACAUAUAGAAUCGAGAUCUCUCUACAAUCCAGAUAAGCCUGGCAUUGAACAGGGAAAAUUGGAAAUGUGGGUUGAUAUGUUUCCCAUGGAUAUGCCCCUACCUGGUCCACCUGUUGACAUUUCACCUCGAAAGCCUAAAUCUUAUGAACUACGAAUUGUUAUUUGGAAUACGGAUGAUGUAGUUUUAGAAGAUGAUGCAUUCUUUACUGGAGAAAAAAUGUCAGAUAUCUACGUUAAAGGUUGGUUAAAAGGACCACAAGAUAUUCAGUCUACAGACAUUCACUACCGCUCUCUAACCGGAGAAGGAAACUUCAACUGGCGUUUCAUCUUUCCAUUUGAUUACUUGGCAGCCGAAGAAAGGAUUGUACUCUCUCGCAGGGAGUCACUCUUCAGUUGGGAUGAGACUGAAGUGAAAAUUCCAGCUCGAUUAGAGCUUCAAGUAUGGGAUGCUGAUCAUUUUUCAGCAGAUGAUUUCCUGGGAGCUAUUUCGCUCAAUCUCAAUCGGUUUCCUCGUGGUGCCAAAUCUUCCAAGCUCUGCACAUUGGAAAUGCUCAAAACAGAUAAUGUGCCGUAUAUAAAUAUCUUUAAGCAGAAACGCGUACGUGGUUGGUGGCCCUUCUACAUAAAACGCGAAAAUGACGAGAUGGAGCUAACGGGGAAGGUGGAAGCAGAGGUACACUUGCUCACAAAGGAAGAGGCAGAAAAGAAUCCCGCAGGCUAUGGGCGCAACGAGCCAGAUCCUCUUGACAAGCCAAAUCGUCCAGAUGCAUCUUUUAUGUGGUUUCUCAAUCCCAUCAAGUCCAUCCGUUACAUUGUGUGGCAUAACUAUAAAUGGACCAUUAUCAAAGGACUUAUCAUUAUCGCUGUGGCCGUCAUGUUACUGCUCUUCUUUUAUUCAGUCCCGGGUUACACUGUUAAACGAUUACUGGGCGCUUAAGACAAUCUUUCUCUGUAUAAAUGAUUAUUUUACUAAUCUCGAAGCUUCUCUUCGGUAUAAUAUAAGAACAUAUUGGAUAAGCAUUAAAGAAAAUAAAAUAUUUGUUAUACUUAUUCUAUCAAAA